GUGAGCAUUAUUUAUUAUAAAAUAUCUCCUCUCGAGGACGAAUAGCGAUUAUCUUCCUUCAAAACCUUCCAAACAUCUGGCGGCUCCCGCUAGCUGUCACGAAAGCGCAUACACGUCACACGCACAGCGCCACAGCUUUUGCUCCAUCAAAACAACACACAGUCGAUCGGGGGUGCCCUCCGGAGGGUUUUUUCCUGUGUUAUUUACCUUACAAUUCCUGCAACAUUCCUGUCGCUUUUACCACCAGCCGGGAUCGGUUUGUCUGCCCGCUUGACCCUCCCAGGGUGACGACACAGCGGUACAAAGGAUGGGUUCCGGGUUUGUGUCCAACAAGGUGGAGGAAUGCAUUCGUCGCAAUAUUGCCUGGAAGGACUUGAGCUCGGACGUGCGAAAGGCUCUCAACAACGAUGAGGCCGAGUAUCGCAAACAAAUUUUGGACUACAGCUUGCUCAACCAGCUUCGAUUUCGUGGCAACAUCGUGUACAGCGUGACGAAGAAUGAGAAGAAGUACUACGAGCGGCUGGUGGAGGUGAACAUACGAGCGCUCCACAUAUUUCCUUAUCAUCUGGCGGACGUUAUCACGAAGGGAUUGCGCGUAACACCGUUCAACUAUUAUACAGACAUGAUUGCAUUCCUGCUGACACACGACAAAAAUUACGAUGCACUGCCCAACUUUACCGCUGCCGAUUGUUUGCGCGUGCUGGGCAUCGGUCGCAACGAGUAUCUGUCGAUCUCGAGCGAUCUCAAGUCCAGCUCGCCGCGCUCGUUCUUCAAAAAGAACCCGUACCACUUUCUGCCAAAGUUCCCGCGCACCGUGACGAUGCAUCCGUGGUGGAUUGUCGAGAUUGGCCACAUACUGGAGAAGGACGUGGAGCACCUUAGCCUGGAGGAGAUCAACACGAUCGAUCAGCUGAUCGACUGUGGGCCCCAGACGGCCGGCACGCUCAACCUGGACACGGUGCAGAAGCUGUACCGCAAGGGACUGAUCUACCUGGACGUGCCGAUCAGCAGCGAUGAUCGUAUUAACAUACCGCCGUUGCGAAACUUCGUGAUGAAUCGGGUCGCGGGUGAUUAUUUUGAAAAUUUGCUGUACAACGUGUUCGUAACGACGGACGAGCAGUGCACCAUAUCGGAGCUGUCACAGAUUCUGCAAGUGCACAUGGACACGGUGAAGCAGGCCACCUCGCUGUUCUGUCGGCUCGGGUUUGCCAAGAUAAAGAAUGCCUUUGCCGAGUUUAAGCUGGACGAAAGCUGGCUCCAGCAGCAGGCGGACGGUGGGGAAGACGCCGCCGCCUACAACUACCACGCGCUGCUACUCUCGGAAGUGCCGCUGGAAGUGAAACCAUCGCCGGACGGCAGCACACCGACCGCGCCCUUCUUCCCUCCGUCCGAUCCGUCCAGCCCCGCUUCACCGGUGCCGCUCACACCGACCGAUUCCGGGGCACCGUUUGCGAAGGAAAAAACGACCCCCGAAUCAACGGGUAGCGGCUUCCGUGCGGCGAAGCGCGUCGGCUUUCUGUUCGAUUCCACGCUGACCGCGUUCCUGAUGAUGGGCAACCUGUCGCCCGGGCUGAAAACGCACGCCAUCACCCUGUUCGAGGUGGGCAAACUGUGCGACGAAGGUAUGGCCGAUCUGCUCGAGGAGCUGGAAAAGGUGUCGAUGCUCGAUGCGGAAUCGGAGGGCGAGGUGAGCCGCUACUUUAACCACGCGGUGCUGCUCCGGUCCACGAUCGUGGCGCUGAAAAGCUCGCUCAAGAUCGAACUGGACCUGCUGCGGCUGGAAAGCAUCGAGGGGUUGGACGUGCAGACGCGGAAUCGGCUGCUGGAGCGAAAGUACAAGUACCUGAUCUCGGCGGCGCCGCUGUCCGGUUCGCUGUCGAGUCAGUUUACCAUUCCAUUUUUCGGCCAGUUUUACCAGAGCUCGGCCGAUUCGCACAUUUGGUCGAAGCUGUUCUACUACCACAUGGGCGGUUACGGUCCACCGUCUUUGUUUCUAAAGAAGGGUACCGUGUUGAAAUCCUUGCCACGAAUGUUUCUCGGCUAUGGGAAGCUUCUGAUCACGAUUGUCAACACCGAUUCGUAUGUGUUGAAUUCGGAGAAGUUUUACACGCUGAACGAGCACCUCAAGAAUGAGUGUCUGCUUAUUCAGGGAUAUGGUAUCAACGAACCGGCCAAGGUUCACUACGAGCCGUUUCCGUUCGACAUAAACGACGAAGACAAUCGUUGGGGACAGCAUGCAGCUUGGAACGGACUGUCGCAGGUCGUGAAUAUGGAGAAAACGUUCGGUUAUGUUACCUUCAUCAACACUGGCGUUCCGGACCUGGGCUGCGACAAUUAUAAUCCCUCCGUGGUACUUAAAAGAACGGGUGAUAAGAAACAAAAGAAUACAGCGAAGAAGGAAGAGCCAGAAACCCCCGAUACACCACCAGCUUCUGCAGCAAAUUCAGCGGAAGAGGAUGAUAGUACGGUGGAUCGUUCGUCCACCACCGAGGAUGGGAGCGGUGUGGUGGAGGAACUGAACGAUAAGCUCGAACAGCUGCAAACUGCUGAAUCGGACUCAGAUACAGAAAUCUCGAGAAAAAAUUCAUUACAAAAUGCAGCAGAGGAGUGGACCAUACUGGACAUAAACUUUGGUAUUCCAUUGUUUGACGUAGACUGCAACACCAAAAUUUGCCAAUACAUUUUACAGCGCCUAUGCAUUGACGAAAACAUAUCAAUGUUGAAAGAGGUAAAUCAACAGAUGGAAAGGAAAUAUCUUAAAUUUAUUUCCCAGUGUUUGUUUUUUGAGGACGAAAACAUGGAACUAAUUAAGGCAGGAAAGUAUGUGCCAAAGCUACGCAUCAAUCUUGCAUACGAGAAUGGAAAAGUGCAAAGCUGGGACGGCAAAUAAUAAUGAUGGGCCCAUGUGUGUGGUGGGGCUCGUCGCAAAUGCCGUCGUUAACAUUUUGAUCCGAAUCCUUCCUGCGCUCAUGCAACCAGUGUAUUCCAGUGUAUUGUUUUCUUAUUUUACGAUGCAGAAAAAUAAAUCGAUAUAAUCGACGACGGCGGAAACGCGGCAGUAUUUUUAAA